CGUAUCUCUCAGCCUCGGCUAAAAUGUCCUUUAUUUGCCAGUGCAAUGAUGUGGUGUUUCUCUUGCAGAGGAUGGAAAUUUUCCAUGGCAACGCAGGUAGCCAUGCAGAAUUCAGGCUCGUACUCCAUUGCACAAUUCCAGUCUCGCAUGAUCAGAUGGGCCAAACUGAGAAUCAACAUGCUGCCGGCCACCAUCAUCGAGCCCAUCUCUGAGUGCUUUGUGGCUAGUCUUCUCAUCGGCUGGGCCGCCCACCAUGUGUUUCGCUGGGACAUCAUGGUGUUUUUCCUGUGCCAUUGCCUGGCCUGGUUCAUUUCGGAUUAUAUCCAGCUGAGGGGAAUACAG